GUCUCCAACGUCCCGGAGUCCAGCUGGGGCAUGGGCCGAGUGGGUGCGGGGGCCCGGGAGCUGCUGAACAGCCUGAAGAACACCCUGCGGCGUACGAGCGGCCAGGUUGUGCCCCAGGCGCAAGGCCCUCGAGCCAACGGCCCCAAUCGGGGGCGGCGGCGCCGCCGCCUUAGCAACCGCACGCCAGAUUCCUCCGUCAGCCGCGGCGCCGCCGCGACGGGACUUGGAAAUGCCGCGGAGGUCGCCGGCGGUGGUGGCGGUGGCGGAAGCAGACCCCCUGUUACAGCGGAGGCGGCGGCGGCCGCCAGGUCUCCCAAUAGCUCACACCAUCGCGGUGUGGCCUUCCCGCAGCAACAUCAUCACCAAUCUGCUGUUAACGUGGCGGCGGCGGCGCUGAGUAGGGGUGGGGUGCGGGUGGGCAGUGGGCGACCCCAUGCGCGUCUCUUUCCCCUGUACGGCCGUCUCAGCGGCGGAGGGCAAUCUGAGGGCACCGCCGCAGUGGGAUCGAGUAACGCCGGGCCGAGUGGCAACGGUGGACCUGGCGGCGGCGGCGGCGGCGGCGGUGGCGGCAGCGGGGGCCAGCAACAGCAGAGCGGUGCGACGGAAGCGCAGGCGACGGCGGCGGCGGCGGUGGCGACCGCGGAGCCGGCGACGACGCCACUCUGCGCCGCUGCCGCCGCCGAACCGCCCACUUUGCUGUCCACCUCCUCGUUUUCCUCCACGACCUCCCUGGAGGAUGUGGCCGCCAGCAGCGGCGGCGGCGGUGCAGCGGGAGGUCCCGUUGGAGGCGGCGCCGCCGAGGAGGAGGAGGAUGUUUGCCCUGUGUGCUUGGAUGAGGGGCCCAACCUGCUGGUCCAGACGUGUCGCCAUCAGAUCUGUUUGGAGUGCGCCCGGGAUCUGGUGAAGCGAAACAGCCUCACUCCCGCGCUGUGCCCCUACUGCCGAGGAGUGAUAACCAGCUUUAAGGCGCGAGUAGCUCGGUAG